UUCCCUCUCCCCUCCUCUGCCCUUCUACACGCCUCUCCUUUUGCUUUUGCUUCACACAAGAAACAAAAAGCAAAACUCUCUCUCUCUCUCUCUCUCUCUCUCUCUCUCUCUCUAAAGCAAGAAAAAGAAAAUGAGAACACCAACCAUUUGUUUUCUUAGGCAAAACAACACUAUAUUCCUCAGAAUAUUCAUGGUCUUGUUCUUGAGUGGUAUCACUGCCAAUAUCAACCUUGGGUCCAACCUCCCCUCCACCGCCACCUCUGCCACAGACCUCGACGUGCAAUCGUGGCUGAAUUCGCUGAGUCUUGAUGGGCAUUUCAGCUUCCACGAUCUUCAUCGUGUCUCCAAAGACUUCGGCAACCAGCACCAGUCAGUCCCGUCUGCAAUCCUACAACCCAAGUCAGUUUCCGACAUAGCAGCCACGUUAAAGCAUGUUUUCCAAAUGGGUCCAAGUUCGAAGCUUAAAGUUGCUGCCAGGGGCCACGGUCACUCGCUCCGAGGCCAGUCACAUGCCCCCGGUGGAGUGGUUGUCGAUAUGAAGUCGCUGCAGGGGCCAGAGAUGAGGAUUCACAUCGGGAAAGUCCCUUACGUGGAUGUCUCUGGAGGGGAGCUGUGGAUAAACAUACUGCAUGAAAGUCUAAAAUAUGGGCUUGCACCCAAGUCAUGGACUGACUAUCUCCAUCUCACCGUUGGCGGCACAUUGUCCAAUGCAGGAAUCAGCGGGCAGGCCUUCCGGCAUGGACCCCAGAUCAGUAAUGUCCACCAGCUGGAGAUUGUCACUGGUAAAGGAGAUGUAGUUACCUGUUCAGAGAAGCAGAAUGCCGAUCUCUUUCACGCUGUUCUCGGAGGAUUGGGCCAGUUUGGGAUCAUCACCCGAGCUAGAAUUGCCCUCGAGCCAGCACCCAAGAUGGUGAAAUGGAUAAGAGCCUUAUACUCUGACUUUUCCAUCUUCACCAAGGACCAGGAGCUGUUGGUAUCUGCCGAGAAGACUUUCGACUACAUUGAAGGCUUCGUGAUAAUAAACAGGACAGGCCUUUUGAAUAACUGGAGAUCCUCGUUCAACCCACAAGACCCACUUCAAGCCAGCCAGUUUAGAUCAGAUGGUCGUACUCUCUUUUGUCUAGAACUGACCAAGAACUUCAACCCGGAUGAGACAAACACCGUGAACCAGGAAGUCAAGAGCCUCUUGUCUCGGUUGAGCUACAUACCAUCAACACUGUUCAUGUCAGAGGUACCGUACCUUGAAUUCCUCGACAGAGUACAUGUUUCCGAAAUGAAGCUCAGAUCAAAAGGGCUGUGGGAAGUUCCCCACCCAUGGCUCAAUCUUCUCAUCCCAAGAACUGGAAUCCAUGAUUUUGCUAAAGAAGUCUUCGGCAACAUUCUGACAGACAGCAGCAAUGGCCCCAUCCUCAUCUACCCACUUAACAAAUCCAAGUGGGACAACAGAACAUCAGUGGUUACUCCAGGUGAAGAUGUUUUCUACCUGGUGGCAUUUCUUUCCUCAGCAUUGCCAUCUUCUUCUCGCCCCGACAGUUUAGAACAUCUUUUAGACCAGAACAAAAGAAUUCUAGACUUCUGCACGACAGCCGGCAUUGGUAUGAAGCAAUAUCUCCCGCAUUACACCACACAGGAAGAGUGGCGGGCCCACUUCGGCCCCCAGUGGGAAGCAUUUGCCCAGAGAAAAUCCAUGUAUGACCCUUUCGCGAUACUCGCUCCUGGCCAGAGAAUCUUCCAAAGAGAAUACCCUUACGCGAUGCUGACGUGAUAUCAAUCUCGUAGCGGUAGUAGAAAAAAUCAUAGCAGAUCAUUGUUCAAUAUACAGAAGGCCUUCGUGACAUACAAAUAAAGCCAAAAAAGGCUUACAUAGAGUAAAUCAAUAAUAAUAAUAAUAAUCAAAUUCAUAUUUUCUCAAGACCGCAGGACGAUACGAGCCCAUAACACGAAGGUUGCUCGUCCUUUCAUCAGAUGGUUAUUAUUAGAUCACCGAAAUAUGAAUGAAGAAAACAACUUGUAAAUAAGAUGAAAUGACAUCUACCCACGAAAAGGAUGCUUGUUGCAAGUUUGUAUAUAAAAAACUAGAAUUUGAUUUC